AUGGGUAUGCGGGUCAGGAUUACCCAUUCCAAGUGCUCGCUAGACCAGGCGAGCGCCGUUAUCAUAAAAGAUUGUUUCGAUAGGGAGUACGUGGAGAGUGUGGUGAAAGCGGUUCCCGGACUCACAAACACCGGGAAUUUGCACUCGGAGUCCGAGAUAAGUGUGAUCCGGGACGAGCACGUGGUCAAGUUAGCAUCCAGGUAUUUAGUGCCGGGCGAUGUGAUCACCCUAUCGGCCGAUAGCCACCGGUUGGCCAUGGAGUGCGACGCCGUCCUAAUGAGCGGCACCUGUAUUGUGGACGAGAGCUCUUUGACCGGCGAAUCCGUUCCCAUAUCUAAGGUGGCGCUCACUGACGACCAAAACACCCUUUAUUUACCGAAAACGCAUAGUAUUAACACGUUAUAUGCCGGCACCCGGGUGUUGAACGUACUGUCCGGUGAUCACAACUAUGUUAAGGCUAUAGUCGUCAGGACAGCCAUAAUAGUAUUGGACGUGGCCACAUUCCUGGUGCCACCACUACUCCCGGCGGUCAUCACGAGUAUAAACGCCCACUCGCAGCGUCGACUGCGCCGGAAGGGUGUCUACUGUCUCGACCCAAACGCAAUAAACAGUUGCGGUUCGGUAGACGUCGUGUGUUUCGAUAAGACCGGGACACUGACCGACGACUCCAUCGAGUUGUCGGGCGUAUUGCCGGUCGACGACCAGUCAUUCGGCGAACCCAUUCGGGACGUCACCACUCUUUCCACCGAUAAUAAACUGCUACUAUCGCUGGGCUGUUGCCACUCGUUGAGCCAGAAUGAGCAAGGUGACAUCGAGGGCGAAAGUAUCGACAUGAAACUGUUCGAGCAUUGUCAAUGGCGAUUUAAAAAGGGUCAAGUUGUGGAUGAUAAGCUAAUUUUCGGGAACAAACCCGAGCGUAUCGUAGGUCCUGAUAAUGGUCAUGGUGAUAUUAAUAUAAUGUUCGGAAUAGUCCGACAGUUUCCCUUUGAGUCGAUUAAUCGGCGUCAGACUGUAGUCAUAAAGCGAGCCUACGAUCAGUCAUAUAUUGUCCUCAUGAAAGGGGCG